AUGUCGAUUACAAAGAUUCCAAUGCAGCACCUGACCGCUCGACUUGUCAUCUCCCCAGCUCCAGGCACACUGGGUGAAUCAACUGCUGUAUUAAAGAAGCUUCAAUCCCUCGGCCCUGUACUCUCAUUCAGGACGCGUAACACCACUGUCUCCAGCAAUGCAGAGCAGCUGGAGGUCGAUGUUGUCUUCUCGUCCCAUGCCACUCUCGAGAAAGCCCAACACGCAAGCCCCUUUGAUGUGAAGGUGAACUAUCAGCUUCCCGAUCCAAAGCUCCAAGAUCCCUACAAUGUUCGCAAUCUCCAGUCGAGACGACGACCUCAGCCCAAGACUAUGACCUGUCGCGUCCAACGCAACGACGGGUUUCAGCCUCCCAGUCAGAACGGUCUUUCUACUGGCUUCUCACCGAGCCUGAAGACCAGGUUAUAUCAAAGCCUCACCGACUUGAAUCCCCCACCUGGUAUUGCGGCUGGGCUGGGCGUCUUCGAUGUUGACAGGGAGCACCUUUGUUCAACCGCUCAGUUUGUCGACAAGCCUCCGGGACUCGCACAACUGUAUCGGUCCUCGAUUGCCGACCACCCCACAACCCAUCAAGCUUCAUCUGCGGCCUCAGUCGUCCAAGAUGAUCUAUCAGAAAUCCAACGGUGA